AUGGAAACCCACACCACACUUCCCUCCGCCCUUCUCGAGCGCGCACGUAAACUUGCCAUCGAGCAUGACCAAUUGAGCGCCGCCCUAGAAAAUGACUUUGACGCAAAAAAGGCCAAACGGGCAGGCGAACUCUCGAGAGUUGCCAGCGCGGUCAAGGAGCUCGAAAAAGCCAAGGCUGCCCUCGUUGAGCUCCAGGGCUUGCUAGAGUCGAACGAUGCCGAGAUGCGGGAGCUGGCGAGAGACGACCUCGAGGCCACAAAUGCUCAGCUCGCCGAGUCGAGCCACAACCUCUCGGUGGCCCUGACACCCAAGCACCCGUUCGCCGACAUGCCAUGCCUGCUCGAAAUACGGCCCGGCCCCGGCGGCCUGGAGGGGCGUUUCUUUGCCGACUCUCUCUUUCAAAUGUACAAGGCGUACUGCUCGAACAAGGGCUACAGAACGCGGAUUGUGCAGUACGAGGCGUCCGACAGCGACGGUUCGACGGGUUCCGAGGGAGAAAUCCCUCUGCAAGAAGCCGUGCUCGAGGUCCAGGAAGAGGGCGCAUACGGCCUCUUCCGCGGUGAGGCGGGUAUGCACCGAGUGCAGCGAGUACCCGCUACCGAGAAGAGCGGACGCACCCACACGAGCGCCGUCGCGGUAUGGGUGCUGCCCUCCUUUCCGGAGAACGGCACCUCCGACUCCGAGGCCGACUGGGACAAGCCGGAGAGCGACUUCUACAUCGACCCGAACGAGGUGCGGAGCGAGACGAUGCGCGCGGGCGGCGCGGGCGGACAGCACGUCAACAAGACCGAGUCGGCCAUCCGGCUAACCCACAUUCCCACCGGCACGACGGUCAGCAUGCAAGACUCGCGGUCGCAGCAGCGGAACCGCGAGGACGCGUGGCGGCUGUUGCGGUCUAGGCUUGCCCAGCAGCGGCGCGAGGCGAGAGAGGAACAGGCUCGCCAGCUGCGCAGCAGCGUGCUGGCGAACUCGCAAAUCACUCGUGGGGACAAGAUCCGGACAUACCAGUACCAACAAGACCGGUGUACAGACCACCGGAGCGGGCUGAACACCCACAACCUGCCGGAUGUUCUCCGGGGCGGCGAGACGCUAGAGAAGGUCAUGGACAGCGUUCAGAAUUGGCUGGUCAACAAGGACAUCGAGGCGCUCAUUGCUGACGAGGAAGCAGCUGCCGCCCCGUCGAAGAAGAAGAAGGGCAAAUGA